AUGGAGCCUGGCUAUGAUGCAAAGGCUGAGCAGGACUUUGGAGAUGGUCAAAUCUCUGAAGUCACCUGGACCGAGGCCGAGGAGAGCGCCGUUGUCUGGAAACUCGACCUGACGCUUAUGCCCCUUCUCGUUCUCGGCUUCUUCGCCCUCCAGCUCGAUCGCAGUAACAUUGGCAACGCGCUGACCGACACCCUUACCACUGAUCUUGGAAUUACAAAGGACGAUGUCAACCUCGGAGACCAGCUGAUGAGCGCUGGUAUCAUCAUUGCCGAGAUUCCUUCCAACCUCGUUCUGCAGAAAUUGGGAGCCCCAAUCUGGCUGACCGGCCAAGUCCUCGUCUGGGGAACAAUUGCCCUGGCGCAGGCUUGGAUCACUGAUAUGCCUUCGUUCUUGGCAACGCGAUUUCUGUUGGGUUUCUUCGAGGCUGGCUUCAUCCCCGGUGGCCAGUACAUGCUAGCCUUGUUCUACCGCGAGAAAGAGCUAGCUUUGAGGACUUCCAUCUUUUACUUUGGAAACUACUUUGCCACUGCUACUGGCUCGUUGAUCGCCGCGGGCGUUCUUCAGAUGGGAGGCAUUGCUGGCUACGCCGGUUGGCAAUGGCUAUUUAUCAGUACGUUCGAGGGCGCUUUUACCCUUCUGGUCUUUCUCGUCUUUGUCCUACUCCUCCCUCGAUCACCCUCUCAUACGAAACCAAUCCACGGUCGAUUCGAUAUCUUCACGGAACGACAACGCGAAAUCAUGCACGGCCGAAUCCUCAGAGAAGACGCAUCCAAGACCGAAGCCAAAGCUCAAGUCACCUUCAACGGCGUCUUCCAAGCUCUUACCGACUACAGGCUGUGGCUUCAUCUGGUUCUCAACCUCGCGGCUCUUGCUCCUAAGGGUGGUCUUCAGCUCUACGGACCGACUAUCAUUCGAAGCUUGGGAUUUAGCAAGAUUCAUGCGAACUUGUUGAACUCUGUUAGCAGCUUCCUCGUUGUGUUCCUCAGCUUCGCUAUCGCCUGGGCAUCGGAUAAGACCAAGCAGCGAGGACUCUGGUGCAUGGUCGCUUUCGUCUGGAGUAUCACCUUUGGAGGCGCCUUGUUCGGAUCCGUGAGCAAAGGGAAAUGGACCAAGUACUCUCUUUUCACCAUGCUGAGCAGCGGAAAUGCACUUUCUCAAGGUCUCAACGAUGCUUGGCUGAGCAUCAACGUUCGAUCCGCCGAGAAGCGAAGCAUUGGUCUCGCACUGGCGGUGAUUGGAAGCAACGCUGGUGGCUUGGCAGGAAAGCAACUCUUUCGGGAGAGUGAUGCGCCAAAGUAUACGCGUGGAUUCUUGGCAAUUGUUCUUCUUUAUGUGGCGUGUUUGCCUAUCACUGGUGUUAUCAUGUGGGUGUAUGGUCGGCAGAACAAGAAGCUUGAUAGGCAGCAGACUACUGGGGAGGAGCACACUACUAUCCAGCGAUAUCAGCUAUAG